AAUGCAAAUUUGAAGAGGUAAGAGAAUUUCAUAAUAAGCCUGUAAAAGAAUAGCAAACAAAACAUCAGCUGUUCUAACGCAUACAAAACAAUAUAAAUUUAUGUGGAAUGAAAUACAUGUCAAGCUGUCACUUUCUCACGUAAAUACAUUGACGUUUCACGCAAACACGUUGUUGGCAUGAGAUCAUCAUCAUGUUUAUGACAGUUGCAAUAGCUGGUCGAGAAUAAGUAAUUCCAACAUGGAUAAUCUGCCGAUUACGAAAAGGAUGCGAACUAAUCCUCCGAUUGUGGAGCAAACAGCUGAAAUCUUUACCCUAAAUAUCGAUUGCCUGGAAAACAUCUUCGAUUAUCUUGAAUUGCAAGACGUGUGUACAAUUGGCAUGACAUGCAAACGCAUGCAACAAGUGGCCGGCAAAUACUUUCAACAGUUUUACCCGAUGCAUCGAGUUAUGAUUGGUCGAGAUGAGCAGGGCGAUAUAGUGGAGAGCAUGGCUAAAGAAACGAGUAGCUACCAUCUCAAUAACUCCAGUCGUGCUGAGCGGCAUGUACAAGGUCAUUAUGAUGAGAGUAUACCAGGUGAACAAGAUAGCUAUCCCACAAACUUUGGCCGUUUUGCUGAGGAUUUGGAAGUGUUUGGCAGUGAUAUUGAAGUGCUACGUUAUGCGGUGGAAAAUAUGGACAAAAGCUUGAAAUCGAUCUCACUACGCGACUUCACGGAAUACUCGCCAAUUCACGACGAAUACGUAGCAAAACUGGUACAAAACGUUGAGUGUCUCACAUUUGCUGGUGCUUGUGAUUGCAAUAAUUACAAAGAGGAAGAAAUUGAAACGAAAUAUGGAGACGAUAGGAUUUGCUACGACGAUAUCUUGAAACAUUGCAACAAAUUGAAAUGCCUACAGUUUUCGUGCGAUUGGAAUUUCAACAUACGGGGAAAGUAUCCACAAAUAGAGCAUUUGAUCAUAAAGCAUCCAUUCGAAGACGAGUAUAUUGUGAAUGACUUUGAUAUGAGUAAAUUAAAGACAUUCCUCGAACAAAACUUGCAUAUAAAAAAGCUGAGCAUAAUUGCUGAGCAGCCUGCAGCGGUAUUUCUGUUGGAUUUGUUAAGACAUAUUGACCUCAAACUGGAUGAGUUGAGCGCGGUUUACGACCGUGUUGGCGAUGCAAAUGGGUAUGAUACAUAUACAGAGAGUGAGUUUUUUCACGAAAUGUUGAACAAUUUGUACGAACAAGACAAAUACAAGGAAUUGGAAUUGAAUGUUAGUGACCGUGCUUUUUUUGAGCUCAAUAUCAGCAUUCAAAAUGUAUUGGAGAUAACUAAAAUUGAAAUUUUCUUCAAUGAAAAAGAUGAAGCACUUGAUUUUAUGAAAUCUAACAUCGAUGACUACGGAGAUGCAGCUGGAUGGGCUUUAUCCGAUGAAGAUCUUUUCAAGAGGAGAGCGAAUUAUAUUAAAAUUCCAUCCAGCUUGAAGUAUUUACGUUUGAAAGGUUCUAUUUGUGCCAUCGAUGCAGCAACUUUAUCCGAAGGAGAGAAUGCACUCGAGUAUUUGCGUCUCGAUGGAGAGAUUGAAAGCGGUGUGCUUGAUAUAUUUGCGUCUCAUUCACCAACAUUGAAAGAAAUAAUUUACAAGAACGAUCGUUUCGAUGUCAACGAAUUGAAAUUGGCGACCAUCAAUAAGAAUAGAGGAAAUUUACAAAAUGCACAGAAACUCAAGAUUUAUUUACCGGAAAAACACUUUUUGCAACUGAAAUGGAGCACAAUCGAACUGGAAUAUAAAUUCGUUGAAGUAAAGCGUUUGAACGAGUGGUGUAUGAAAAGUCCGAUCAUUGAUAUCAUGCGGCGCCACGGAGGAGAACACAUACGCUAUUCUAGAUACUUUUACUAGUUUUUAC